UAAAUGUAACAGUCAAACAAUAUCUCGAAUUUCAAUUUACAAUACACGUUUUUAUAAAGAAAAUUAGCUUGAUCCGGCUCUGGGACUUUACAAUUAUCAGUCUUAUAGUAUCAGCAGUGGCACCUAUCUAUGAAGGACCGAAUUAUAACGUCGAUAAAGAAGGCAUAGUCAAUUUAAAAAAUGGAACUUUAAAGAUAUCUUCAAUACCGAUAUAAAACUAUCAUUGACUUAUGACAAAAUAAAACGACCAAAAAUUGACAUUUGUUCAUUGAAUGAUGAUCGAAUAUGUGGUGGUAUGAAUUAAUAUUCCUAAACAAAUAUCAUGCCGUAGUGAAGUGGUAAUUUAUAUUAAAGUUAUUAUAAGUAACAAUUAUUUGUAAAGUUUAUAUAUCAAUACAAAUGAUUUUCGGAAAUACCUCCUAAAAUGGCAAUAAUUAUGCCAAUAGUAUUACUAAGAAAUUGAAAUAUAAAUGCUCUCUUUCCUCCUUUUUGGAUGAUUUAAAUGAUAGGAAGCAGAUUAAAAUGGAUUAUGAACUUGAGGUAUUCGAAGUAUAUGAUGAUAGUGACCAACAAACCUCCAAAAGGCAUUCGAAACAUACAAGAAAAAAGUGCAAGCAGAAACAAAAAGCUGUAGUUUUAGGCCUCGAAAAUGCUGACAAUGAUAUAAGUAAAUCUAAAAGUAGUGUGGUAGGAAGUGAUCGAAGACACUUGAGUCUUAGGGAAUCGAUUCUAAGUGUAUUCACCAAACUUGUUGUAUGGAGGGACCAGAGACGGUAUCAAACCAGUGUUCCUGAUAAAAUUGAUUCACCGCAUUCUUCCAAAGACUUUCGGAAAGGCUAUAUACCUUGUGAUAAUCAGAGAAAGAUUCAUGCAAAUGACAGAGUUUUCAACUCUCAAUUCCGUUAUGCUAGCAACUACAUAAAAACCUCGAAGUAUUCGUUAUUGACGUUCCUGCCGCUGAAUUUAUUCGAACAGUUUCAACGCUUGGCGAACUUCUAUUUUUUGUGCCUUCUCGUGUUACAGUUGAUACCAGCGAUCAGCAGUCUCACUCCAGUUACCACAGCAUUGCCCCUUAUCGGCGUACUCGGUCUCACUGCCGUCAAAGAUGCUUACGAUGACAUUCAACGCCAUAUUUCGGACUCGCACGUCAACAAUAGAAAAUCCAGAGUGGUUAGAAGAGGUCAGUUGGUUAAAGAAAAAUGGUCGGCGGUACAAGUUGGAGACAUUAUACGAAUGGACAAUAAUCAAUUCAUAGCAGCCGAUGUACUUAUUUUAACUUCUAGUGAACCAAAUGGUUUAUGUUACAUUGAAACGUCCGAAUUAGAUGGAGAAACAAAUUUGAAAUGCAGACAAUGUCUAUUAGAAACUGCCGAAAUGGGACAAGAUGACGCUCUGUUAGGUGAAUUCGACGGAGAAAUAUUGUGUGAAAUGCCCAAUAAUUUAUUAAAUAAAUUCGAGGGCGUAUUGAUAUGGAAAGGAAAAUCUUAUCCGUUGGACAAUGACAAAAUUAUGUUGAGGGGAUGCGUUUUAAGGAACACCCAAUGGUGCUACGGUGUUGUGAUUUUUGCUGGUAAAGACACGAAACUUAUGCAGAAUAGUGGAAAGAGUAAAUUUAAACGCACGAGCAUCGACAGGCUCCUUAAUUUUUUAAUUAUAGGAAUAGUAUUUUUUUUAUUGUCCAUGUGCCUUUUCUGUAUGGUGGCGUGUGGUAUAUGGGAGUCGCUCGUCGGCCAGUACUUCCAAACGUACCUGCCAUGGGAUACGUUGGUGCCUUUGGAACCGUUAGGUGGCGCCACAAUUAUAGCUCUGUUAGUAUUUUUCUCAUACGCUAUCGUCUUGAAUACGGUAGUGCCGAUUUCUUUGUACGUUUCCGUCGAAGUCAUAAGAUUUGUUCAAAGUUUUUUGAUAAAUUGGGACGAUCAAAUGUACUACGACAAAACGGGAACCAAUGCCAAAGCUAGAACUACGACACUUAACGAAGAAUUAGGCCAAAUAGAAUACAUUUUCUCCGAUAAAACCGGUACGCUUACACAAAAUAUAAUGACGUUUAAUAAGUGUUCGAUAGCAGCUCGAUCAUAUGGAGAUGUUAUCGAUCAAAGGACAGGUGAUGUAAUCGAAAUUACAGACGAUACUGAACCUUUAGAUUUCUCUUUUAAUCCAAACUACGAAACGGAAUUUAAAUUUUAUGAUAAGCAUCUCUUAGAUGCCGUCAGAAGAAAAGACGGGGACGUUUUUAGUUUUUUUAGAUUAUUGGCUUUGUGUCAUACCGUUAUGUCUGAAAAUAACGAUGGAAAAUUGGAAUAUCAGGCACAAUCUCCUGAUGAAGAGGCACUAGUUUCUGCGGCAAGAAAUUUUGGUUUCGUCUUCAAAGAAAGGUCUCCUAACAGUAUCACCAUCGAAGUAAUGGGAAUAAAAGAAGUUUACGAGUUACUGUGUAUUUUGGAUUUCAAUAAUGUUAGAAAACGAAUGUCCGUUAUCCUAAGGAAAGACGGAAAACUUAAAUUGUACUGUAAAGGUGCAGACAGCGUCAUCUAUGAAAGACUUAAAAACGGCCAAGAUGAAAUUAAACAUAAAACGCAAGAACAUCUUAACAAAUUUGCUGGUGAAGGUCUACGUACCCUUGUAUUGGCUUCAUGUGAUUUAGAUGAAGUUUUCUUCAACAAUUGGAAACAAAGACAUCAAGAAGCGGCAAUCUCUUUAGAAGAGAGAGACGAAAAAUUGGAUGCUCUCUAUGAAGAAAUCGAAAAAGAUUUGGAAUUGGUCGGGGUAACUGCAAUAGAAGAUAAAUUACAAGAUGGUGUACCCCAAACGAUAGCCAAUCUCAUUUUAGCCGGAAUAAAAAUAUGGGUACUCACAGGUGAUAAACAGGAGACUGCUAUUAACAUCGGUUACUCUUGCCAACUUUUGACAGACGAAUUGGUGGAUUUAUUCAUCGUGGACGCAUCAAGUUUCGAUGAAGUUCAACAGCAGCUAUACAAGUUUAAAGAAAAUGUUAAAAUCGUCCAAACUUUUCAACCACGAAGUCCCAAUACCGUUCAAACGAGAAACGGACAAUUAAAUUCUUGUGAGAAUCCCAUAGGGGACAAUCCAACCACCCUGCGAUCAGAGAACAAUCCGCCUGCUGUCAGUGUCGUCACAUUCAGGUGGGACGAUGAGAUUUCUUCACAAAUCACUGAAAAUUCGAGAGCAAGCACUGAGCUAGCAUAUCAUAGCGGUAUCGAAGAAUCAACAACACAUGAAGAAACAUCUGGAGGUUUUGCAAUAGUUAUCAAUGGUCACUCUUUAGUGCACUGUUUACAUCCCCAAAUGGAGCGCUUAUUCUUAGAAGUUGUAAUGCAAUGUAAAUCGGUAAUAUGUUGUAGAGUAACGCCGUUACAGAAGGCUUUGGUAGUAGAAUUAGUAAAGAAGAGUAAACAAGCGGUUACAUUAGCUAUAGGCGAUGGCGCCAAUGAUGUAUCGAUGAUCAAAGCUGCACAUAUUGGUGUCGGAAUAUCAGGACAGGAAGGCAUGCAAGCCGUACUAGCUUCGGAUUAUUCGAUAGCACAAUUUCGAUUUUUAGAAAGAUUGUUAUUGGUUCACGGUAGGUGGUCAUAUUACAGGAUGUGCAGUUUCUUGAGGUAUUUUUUCAACAAAAACUUCGCAUUCACUCUCUGCCAUUUUUGGUACGCAUUCUUCUGUGGAUUCAGUGCGCAGACAGUUUUUGAUCCAAUGUAUAUAUCUAUCUACAACCUUUUCUAUACGUCAUUACCGGUUCUUGGAGUUGGGAUAUUCGAUCAAGACGUAAAUGAUAAGAACAGUGUACUCUAUCCGCAAUUGUAUAAACCUGGUCAUUAUAAUUUGUUCUUUAACAAAAAAGAAUUUUUCAGAAGCGCUCUCCAAGGGUGUUUAGUUUCAAUGGUGCUUUUCUUCGUUUCUUUUGGUACUUACUAUGACGCAGUCGGUAGAGAUGGUCAUGGAUUAUCUGAUUACAUGCUAUUUUGUAGUGUGACUGCAGCUAUUUUAGUUAUUGUUAAUACUGCACAGAUCGCAUUAGAUACAAUGUACUGGACAGUAUUUAACCACAUCAUGAUUUGGGGCUCUCUGGCAUUUUAUUUUAUAGCUGACAAUUUUUAUAACUAUCUAUGUCACGGUCCUUAUGUCGGAUCAUUAAUUAAGGCGAUGUCGGAGUUGAAUUUUUGGUUUACAACCGUCCUUGUAGUGAUCAUCUCUAUAAUGCCAGUACUAGCGUGGAGAUUCUAUUUCGUAGAUGUAUUUCCAACACUAUCUGACAGAGUCCGGUUGAAACAGCGAAUGGCGCAGGUAAGAUCAAGACAAAGUUUAGAUGUACUGAGAACGCCAUCUGCCAGACGAGUUAGACGAUCUAUCCGUUCUGGUUAUGCGUUUGCUCAUCAAGAAGGUUUCGGACGUUUGAUUACUUCCGGUAAAAUAAUGAGAAAGUUACCAAAUCCCGAAUUCAAUAUACCGAAUAUUAUCAAUAAAUUGAAUAUGACAUCUGCUGGUACCGAUCAUCAUCACCAUAAGAAUACUUCAAGUGGAAGUGCUGUUGCACCAUCUGACGGAAGUAGUAGCGGAAGUAGAGCACCUAUUCAGGAUUUAGAUACCAUCAAUCUGUGACAAAAAUGCUCUGUUUAGACAAAGUGGAUGUUUUUUUUGCUACUUAAGAUUAAAAGUAUUGUUUUUGGUUGUUAAAAUGUUAACCUUGAUGAAGAAAAAUGAAUGUUUCUUUUAGAAUUCUGAAUAGGAAUUAAUCUUGAUAAAGAUUUUGAGACGUUAAUUUUUAGACAGGGUUCCAAGUUGUAUAGUGUUAAGAAUAUUCUUUCCAUCAUAUAACUUCAUACUUUUAAUCACAAAUAUUGAUAUAACGCAGCUGUAUUUGGUAUUAAUUUGAAAUUGACGGAGUUUAUUUUUUAUAUUUUUUUUUUGCUUUAUUUAUUACUGGCACAAAAUAAGAAUUGAAAAAUUUUAAUUAUAUCGAAACAUUCAAUUUUAUGUUCAGAACUGUUUUAUUGUUUAUAAAAAUGCAAGUAUUCAAGUUUUUCUGUUAUUUUUUUAAUACACAGAUGUUUGCAAGAAUAUGAGUUAAUUUGGGAAAACGUUCAUUUGCUACUCGUAAGUAUUUACUAUGUGAUUUUUCACCUUAAACUUAGAUUAUAAUAUACGUGUACAGUAUGAAAACGAUUUUAAGUUCUAGAUUUUAAAUGUUAAGCUUCUACUAGUCAGAAAAGUAUGUUUAAUGUUAUAUAUAAAAUAUUUGUUUAUUACAAAGUUAUUUAAGAUUAUAUGCUUUUUGUUUUUUAUUAAGAAUAAAUUUAUUUUUUCUGUA